AUGCUCCUUACCGAGCUCAUCCUUGCGAAGCGCGGGCCGCUCGCAAAGGUUUGGCUGUCGGCACACCACGAGCGCAAGCUCAGCAAGCAGCAGGCCCUGGGCGUUGACGUAGGCGAGAGUGUUGACGCCAUCCUCACCCAAGAAGUUGAGCCCAUGACGCUUCGCAUCUCGGGUCAGCUCAUGCUUGGUGUCGUGCGCAUCUACGGCCGCAAGGUGCAGUACCUCAUGGACGACUGCCGUGACACUCGCGAGCGCAUCUCAAUGGCCUUCCGUCCAGGCAUGGUCGAUCUGCCAGAGGACCAGAUCCGUGCCAACCGCAACGCCAUCACUUUUACUGAGACUGGCAACAACAUUGACUCUAUCGACCUCCUCGACUGGAACUUUGCGCCUGUUAUCAACGACCUUCCCAGCGGACCUCGUGGCCUGCACACUGUGCCAUUGACCCAGACCUCGCUCCGCUCUCGCGAGUACGGUGCGUUCAACUUCGGUCGCCCCACAGCUCCGUCGAUCUACGGCGACGACCAGUCUUCUCGCCAGGGUUCCCACGACGACGCUACCUCCCACCUCGACUCGCAAGACUUCCAGCCCUACGACCUCGGUCUCGGUCUGGACGACAUGGACAUGGGCCUCGACUUUGACAUGUCGAUGGAAGUCGGCCGUGAUGCCAUGCGCGAACGCAGCAAGAGUGCUGUCCCUCUCCGCUCUCCUUCUGUGCUCCAUGACCUUCUCGAGGACCACGGCAUGGACAUUGACAACCACGACACGUUUGAGCCCAUCGAGCUUGACCUUGGUCUGGAUGACCUUCCGGAGCUCGAGGAGCGCCAGCGCCGUGAAACCAGCGCACUCUCGACUCCCCCGCCCGAGUCGCCUCCCUUGGUCAACACCACCAUUGAUGUCACCCCGCGCACGGCCAAGCGCAUUGCCGACGCCCAGCAAGCUCAGCCCAAGCCUAAGCGCGUGCGCGUUGUUCGUGCGGACGAGGAGCUCGAGUUGGCAGACGAGGAGUUUGCGCCACCUACGGAGGAGGACAGCAACAUUCUCGGCGAGGAACGUUUCAUCCCAGCCGACCCCGAGGCCGUGCGUCUCCGUGAUAUCAUUGACGACCCCGCCAAGCACUUCCUCCCUACCGUCAAGGUUGGCGCCGACUCGUUCAUCUUUGCCGGCCCUGCUGGUCUUGCCCCCGAGCUCGCGGACCUCUUCCUGUUCAACACCAACGUCCUUCGUCGCGCUCGCGACGAGCCCGAGGAGGACGACCACGCUGCGAAGCGUCUCCGCACGGCCACCGUCGAGGCGGAGGACGAAGACGAGGUCGGCCGUAGGCAAAGCCGCCUGCCAUCCGAGGUCGACUUUGACGCCGGCAUGGACAACACGUUUGACGGUGGCUUUGACGCUGGCAACUUCGACGGUGGCGACAUGGGCGACAUGAGCUUUGGCUUUGACGAUCUGAAGACCCCUCCUGCUCGCAUCCGCGACCCUUCUCUGGCACCAUCUCGUGCCGAGUCGGUGGCCCGCGCGAUCCAGUUUGGCGACGGAGGCGACAACGCCCUUGCGUGCUUUGACACCCGCACGUCCACCCAGGCGCAGACCCAGACCCAGGACCCCUCCCUGGACGCGACCCAGCCUGAGGCCACCGGCGGCUUUAGCAAGACCACCGGUAUGGCUAUGGGUGUCCUUCGCCGCGAAAUUGAGGCCAUCGAGGCCGAGGACAAGGCUGUCCAGUUUGACAAGGUCGCCGCUGGCGCCAGCAAGCGCGCCGCCUCGGCCUUCUUCUUCGAACUCCUCGUCCUCGGUACCCGCGACGCCGUCAAGCUCGAGCAGGAGAAGGCCUACGGCCCCAUCGAGGUGCGCGCGAAGGAGAAGCUGUUCGCCACUGCUUGA